UGCUGGCCGGAUGACGAAUGACAGCAGGAAUAUGUUGGAUGACGGGGGGACCUUAGCCCUGCCCCCUCUUCUGCUUCGGAGGACUCCGGAUCUGAUUCCCCAUCGGCACAGGUGACAGCCGGUGCCUGACAACCUGCCUGCUUCUUCUGGUGACUCCUUCAUUUCAGCGCAGAGGACUGGAGCUGGCAGUUCCGGUGGGCAGACGUCAGGACUCGCGGCUGCUGGGUCGGCAGGCUCAGGUCGGCCUGAACAUUGGUCUACUGGACUUCUACUAAGGGAAUUGCUGGAUAAAAUCUUAAGAUUAGUUGCCCAUGGCCCCAUAUGGGGCGAAGACGGAUACACUGUUACCGGUUAUGACCCUGGCAUUCCUCUUCUCCCUGCUGACAAUCACUCUCGCGGUACCUGUGAAGAGGGAGAAGAGGAACUACGAUCCGGAAGAGAUAUAUUACAUGAAUGGAGACAUCAGGUGUUUGCGAUGCCCCCCAGGUAAUAUGGUACUGAGGCCAUGCACCAUUGAGGACACAGAGAGUACUUGUGCGCCAUGUCUCCCUGGACAUACAUUUAGCGAACAUCUAACAGGAAUGAGCUCCUGCCUUCCAUGCACAGUAUGUCGCGCAGAUGAAGAAGAGGUGUCUCCAUGCACCAUCACUAAGAACGCCAAAUGUCAAUGCAAGAAAGGAACCUACUGCCCUCCAGGUGCUCCUUGUGAGGUCUGCCAAAAAUGUACCACAAGGUGUCCCCCAGAUCUGGUUAUACAGACCCCCUGCAAUUCAACGUCAGAUGCACAAUGUGGACCACCAGAGACUGCCAUCGAUACAACCGCCAUAAUUGUGCCUGUUGUCCUUGUUAUCCUAACCAUCUUGGUAGCUGUCGUCAUUUGGUUCUGCAGGAAGAAAUGUUCUGGUAAUGCCGGAUCAAGGUUGAUACCAAAAAUACUAACUGUGUCUUUCAAACGUGAUGAGACUCCAACAGGAGACACCGAAACACCUUUUCUGCAAGUACCAAAACUUCACUUUAAGGAAAACAUCACAGAGAAUGAGAAAAAUGAAGUGAUUGCCAAGACUUUCAACAUCUUUGUGGACCAGGUCCCCAACGGAGAAUUUCAGAAAUUUGUACGAGAACUGGGACUGAACGAUAAUGAGAUUGAGCGUGCAAAAGAUGACAACAAAGGCACCUACGACAAGAAUUACGCUAUGUUGCAACUACUGCACCAGGAUAAAAAAUUUGACGUGAACAUCUGGUUGAAGAACCUGUGCGACAUUAAAAAGAAGAAAGUGGCGCAAGACAUAGCUGAUAAAUUGAUUACAGAUGGAUUGUUUGAACGGACUACAUAGGAAUGGAUAUUUAUUUUUUUUAACUUAUUUUCAUAAAAAUGAAAAGAAAAAAAAAGAUAAAAUAUAAACACCAAAAAAAGAAAAAAAUGAAAAUAGACCCAAAAAAUUUAAUAAAAACACUCAUCAUCA